AUGAUCGAGUCGAGUACGGCGAGACCCCACGACAGCGGCGAAGUGCGCCCGUUGCUCGAGACCCGAGCGACGUCGCUGAUUGCUUCGCCUACCAGCCGCCGCCCCAUCGGUCGAUGGAGUGUGGUCGCUAUCGCCUCGACGCUGCUGCUGACGGCAGCUGUCUUUGGCGUCUUCAAGCCGAGCAUCUCGACGCUCCGAAGCGCGACGGCCGUGCCCCCGGACGCCAAGUUUGACCUCUUCACGCCCAUUUUCAACGCCGAAGCCCCGCCAGACAGUCUCUUCAACCACACGGACGCGCAGAAGGACUUGCUGCCGCCCAGGUUCCUCGCUGCGGGGAUCGUGGGCUCCCGUCCGAUCCCCACGAACGACUGGUGGGGCAACAUCAUUGGCGCCACGACCACAGACGAAGAGGUCGUGUACCCCGUGUGGACGAACCCGUACAGCGUGUCGCCGUCCCUCUUCAAGGAGCCGUUCGGGCUCACGAUGAACUACCCGUACACGACGCGACUGUUUGGCGGCGGUCUGACGGGCAACGGCGACGCCGAAGCGUACUAUCUCCACGGCCAAGUCGCCGAGUUCACGUUCUCGGCGACCGAGUUCUCGAACGCGUCGCGCCCGGUCUUUGAGGUGUUUGACUGGGACGACCUCAGCGUGCAGCUGCGCUUCUUGUCGCGUGCCGACCCGUCCAAGACGUUCGAGACGACACUCGCGAGCGGGAUGGCCUUUGUCACGUCGCACUACGCGGGUCUCACGCCGCGCUUCGAGACGCUGUACACCAUCGAGACGGUCAACGGUGCGGACGCCGCCGAGACGCUCGGCCGCGCGCUGACGAACGACCGCUUUGUGCUGCAGUUCAGCAACAGCGCCACGUGGACGCUCUACUUCUCGAGCCACGUCACGCUUUACUUCGACGGCCGCUCGCGACUCGACAUGGCGCAGCCGUUCACGGGCACUGCGCGCGUGGCGCUGAUCCCCGACGCGUCGGCCCAAGAGCAGCGCAUCUUUGACGACACGGCGAGCUGCGUCCUCGACGGCGGGCGCGUGGAAGCCCACAACGAAAACGCGUACGCCUACAAGUGGAAGACCAGCGGCGACUGCACCCACGGGAUGCUGCACUACGCGCAGGUGCACCACGUGGAUACGCUCGACCGAAGGUACGCCGUUGAGGCCGAAGGCGUCGCCGCGCACUCGACGACGCGCGGGUUGAUGCAGGGCGUCGUGACGACGUCGUCUCCGCCCGAGUGGCGGCUGCUGGAGACGAUCGACUUCCCCGUGGACUUUUACCCGCCCCGAAGACCCCACGCGAAGCACGUCGAGGCGCACGAGCUGAAGAAGCACUUGAUCGCGGACAUUGACGCCCAGUGGACGAUCGCGCUGGGGCAGAGCUACUACUUUAACGGCAAAGCCGCGCAAAAGUACGCGUCGCUGUGCCUCAUGGCGGGCGACCCGUCGGUCGUCGGCGCCCACGACACGGCACUGGUCGUCCGCUGCAUGACAAAGCUCGAGGGGCUCCUCACGCCCUUCCUCGACAACUCGUGGACGAACGCGCUCAACUACGACACGAUCUACCGCGGCGUCGUGAGCUCGCAGGGCUUCACGCUGCACGACCCGAACGUCGACUUUGGCAACACCAUGUACAACGACCACCACUACCACUACGGCUACUGGAUCGUCGCGGCGGCGAUCGUCAACAAGCUCGAUCCGACGUGGGCGGGCAUCCCGGCGCUCAACCGCAUGGCCGGUUUCUUGAUCCGCGACGUGGCGAACCCGUCGACGGCCGACCCGCACUUUCCCAAGUUCCGGAGCCUCGACUGGUUCCGCGGCCACUCGUACUCGCACGGCAUCACGGCGCUGGCCGACGGCAAGGACGAAGAGAGCACGUCCGAGGACAUGAACUUUUUCUACGGCAUGACGCUCAUGGGCCAAGUGACGGGUGACAAGCACCUCGAGACGGUCGGGAAGCUCAUGGUGAAGCUCAACGCACGCGCGAUCCAGACGUACUUUCUCAUUGAAGACGGCAACCGCGCGCACCCGGACCGCUAUCGCGACAACAAGGUCAUGGGCAUCCUCUUUGACAAUAAGGUCAACUACGCGACGUGGUUCAGUGGCGAGAAGUACGCGAUCCACGGCAUUCAGAUGCUGCCUGCGACGGCCGUCACGGAGUUUGUGCGCACGUACGACUUUGUCGCGCAAGAAUGGGACCAGGUGCUCUCGCGCGAGCCCAUUGUGCUCACGGACGAACAGACGAACCCCUGGCUGUCGCUGCUCUACAUGAACUACGCGACGAUCGACAAGGACGUUGCCCUGACAAAGCUGCGAAACGUCACAAUGGACGACGGCCUCUCACGCUCGUGGGCCAUGUACAUUGCCGCCACGCGGCCGUAG